GUUUUUGACUCUCGGACAGAGUGUACGCGCUUGUUGGUUGCUAAUAAAAAUUAUUGAAAAAUGCCGAAAAAACUAAAAGUUGUCGUCAAAUCGCUGUAUUCGCACGAAAUACGGAAAGAUGUGAGCUUGGAAGACCUGAAGUCAUUGAGGCUCGAAGACGCUUGGCCAUUCAUCAGAGACGAAAUCGAAAUAGAAAUUGGUAGCAGUCAGUUUGUGUGUAUUCCUCAUAUUACUGAGGCUGAUUUGUAUAAAGUUACGUCUCUUUUCGUACCAAAUGAGAAGGAAACUAACGGGAAAAUGUUCACGCCAUUGGGUGAGCUUAUCAAGAAUGUUAACAAGGAGAAAUCGAAUGCGGAGUACGUGAAUUGGUUGGAAGACGGCGAUUUCUGCGAUAAUGACUUCAAGUUUCCCCAUGAAAGCGUAAAGGUUAGUGAAUUGUUUUUUUUAACACUUCAAACGCUCAGCCGUACGCCAGAAAACCUAAAUUUCGUUCGCCGGUCUGAUAUUGCUCCAUUGACCUUGACAUGUCCCUAAGCCCUACGAAAUGGU